AUGGCCGUUGGUACAUUUUUUAUGGUUGAACAAGCUGAAGCAACAGAAUCAACAACACCUCAAAAUCUAUUUACAUCAUUAACAGAGCUAAAUAAAGAAUUUCAUCGUCAUUAUAUACAAGCUCGUGAUGAUCUUUGGCGUUUAACAACUGAAAAUGGUACAGUCUUCAUUAGAAAUGGCAGUUCUCUAACUUUUAUUCACAGAGGAAUUCGUUAUCCAACAAUCAAAACAAUACCACAGAUUUUUCAUCAAUUAAAAAGUAUUGCACAUAUUCCAAUUACCGUUCUUCUUCUUUGCAACAAAUGGCCUAGUUUGUCUGAUGAUACACUCGAACAAUACUGGAAACAGUUGAAUAAUCUUCAGCUACCAGAUUCAAUCGGAUCGGAACGUCAGUCAGCCCUUCGAAUUAUACAUGAAUCGCAAAUACUCAUUCGACAAAAGCUAAACAAUAGAAUGGCAGUUAAUCAAGGGCAUCUAACAGCCUACACUCGGGAUAUCUUGAAUGACCUGUUUGUUCUGCUAGAUGCAGCUGCUAUUGCUAGUUUAAAUUCAAUGCAUCGUGCCGUUCAAAAUUGGAUGAAUGAACAUAAUAUCAAUCGACACGAUUCAUCAAUAAAAGUGAUAGUUAUCGGUGCUCGAGCAGCUCGUCAAAAUCAUCUCGAUGCUACAUAUUUUGAGUAUCUUCUUGGUGCCAAUCAAAAACGAAAUAUUUUCUACGUUGAAGAAAUAUAUAAUGAUGAAAAGAAAAUCAUCUCAAUGUUUUCCAGUUGGUAUCUUGAAGAACAAUUGAGUAACAUUUUGUUUGAUGAUAAUAAUCGAAUGCAUAGUGAUUUGCUAAUGACUGACAAUGUACGACAGUAUAUGAUCGAACAAUUAAUUUCUUGUUAG